AUGUAGAGGCGCAGAAGAGAAGAGAUUAUCUUGUGUGAGUGUGAGAAGGAGUGAUGGCUGCGUCAACUUUGGGUCUCUUCUCUUCCUUUACUCUCUCUUUCAGGUCUCAACCUUCUUUCGCUCUUCCACCUCCUCCCACUCUUCGCAUGGUUCGACCCGUCGUCACCUCCGCCACCGUCUCUCAGCCUUCUGCCGCCGGCAACAAAAUCCGUGGUAUCAUGAAACCCCGCAAAAUCUCCCCUGAGAUGCAAUCCAUCUGCGGCGUCCCCGAGAUUUCUCGUACUCAAGCACUCAAACACAUUUGGGCCUACAUUAAGGAAAACAAUCUUCAGGACCCUGAAAACAAGAAGCUUAUACGGUGUGAUGAGAAGCUGAAGAAGGUAUUUGCAGGGAAAGAUGAAGUUGGCAUGCUCGAGAUUGCUGGGUUGAUUAGCCCUCACUUUCUUAAAUGAUAUCUAGUGUGCAAACUAUUCGUAAAAGUCAAGUUUUUACAUGGAGGACAUGUUUUGGUGUAAUGAACCAUAUGAUAAUUUGGGGUAUAAUGUCCUGCAACAUAGUAACCUUAGGUUUUUGUAGUGCUUCGAGUACAGAAUGAUCUUCGUUGAAGAGUUAUUUUGAGCAUGUGGUGUCUUCAACAGGCGUUAUUUUACUAAUUAAGUAUUAGGUUUUUCUGGGACUUAGGUUUUUGUUGGACAUGUCAAACAAAAUGAUGCUAUGUUCUCCGUAUUAUUGUCAUUCCAUGCACCAUGCUUGAACUGUGACAAAGCAAAAAUGUUGAUAAUCCAA